AUGGUGAUAAAAUACAUAAAUAAACUGGCGCUACUGAAUAUUUCGUUGCUCAAUGAAAUCAACUGGUUUUUGAAGACCGCAGAGAUGGCUCGCGUCUAUGGAAUUCAAUUUCAUGAGGUGUGGAGCAGAGGCUCCCAGUUGCGAGUCGAAUCCAUGAUGUUCCGCCUGGCGCACACGCAAGGAUUUGUGCUACCUUCUGUCACCCCAUCGCAGAGAAUACAGAUGGAAGCUCCUGAACAGCUGCAGUUGAUAAUGGAGCCACUCUCAAAAGUGUACUUUGAUCCAGUCAUUGUCCUUGAUUUUCAAUCUCUGUACCCGUCCAUGGUGAUCGCUUACAACUACUGUUUUUCAACGCUAUUUGGUAAGGUGACAGCCCUUGAAGAAAUGCAUCGUAGCGGUGAACCUGCCAUACAAAUUGGUGCCAUCAAAUACACAGUUCCAAGAUCCGCAUUUGUGGAAUGUGCAACAAAGAAGAUGUUGCAUUGUUCGCCUCUGUCGGCGGCGUUUGUCACCUACUCGAGGCGAAACGGCAUUUUACCAACGCUUUUACGAGAGCGUCUAAAACGAGUUUUGGAUGCUCGUCAGCUAGCGCUGAAGCUCGUGGCUAACGUGACUUACGGGUGUACAUGGGUUGUGUUCUGGAGACGAAGAAGCGGUACGCUGGAUGGAUGUAUCGAGAGUGAGGACGACGAAAAAGUCAGCUGGACGCGAAGUGGAGACCGAUUCGCGAAUAGAGGGAAGAAGGAAGAUACGUGUCUUGGAACGCAGCCUGAGGCUGAUCUUCUCCCAAGACUGGCGAGCUUUGACUAUCUCGACUCCAAGAUUUGCCGUACACCGACUUCGUUCUUUGCCAAGGAAUUCCGCGGACAUUACGCUGAUAACGCUCCCGUUCCACAACUGAAAGUUGCACUACGUCUCGCAGCUGAGAAUCCUGCACACAUUUCCUUGGUUGGAGAACGGAUACCGUAUAUUGUGACUCAAGGCGCUCCCGACGCUACAGUGAUCUCCUGUGUGAGGUCGAUUCCUGACUUUCUGGCAGAUAAAAGUUUGCAG